GGCCCCACCCUGUGCUCCUGGGGGGGGGCUAUGGUUUAUGGAGAAGGAGUCACAGCCCAUCAUGCUAACAGGGAUUGUGAUUAGAGUCCUCCUGACCCUUGCCUCUGUGGGUGUUGCCAUCUUGUUUGUGUACAGAAGGGUUCACAGAGUUCGACAGGUGCAGCCCACUCCUCAGUACAGGUUCUGGAAGAGAGACAAAAUGAUGUUCUAUGGCCGGAAGAUCAUGAGGAAGAUGAGCACACUCCCCCAUACACUUGUGGGGAACACAGCUACGCCCCGGCAACGGGCCCAGAAGAGGACCAAGAUGCUCUCUUUGGCCAAGAGGAUUUUGCAGUUCAAGAAGGAAUGCCCCAUCCUGCAGCCUAAGGAACCACCACCCUCCCUGCUGGAGGCUGAUCUCACAGAGUUCGAUGUGAGGAAUUCUCACCUGUCAUCAGAAGUUUUGUAUAUGCUGAUAAAUGUUCGGGUCCUGGGCCACUUUGAGAAGCCACUGUUCCUGGAGCUUUGCAAACACAUGGUCUUUGUGUAGCUGCAUGAAGGGGAGUAUAUCUUCCGGCCAGGGGAGCCAGACACCAGCAUCUACGUGGUGCAGGAUGGGCAGCUGGAGGUCUGCCUCCAGGAUGAGGACGGUACCGAGGUGGUGGUCAAGGAGGUUCCGGCAGGAAACAGCGUCCACAGCCUCCUCAGCAUUCUGGGUGUCAUCACGGGUCAUGCCGCACCCUACAAAACAGUCUGCCGAGCAGCCACCCCGUCCACCAUCCUCCGGCUUCCAGCAGUGGCUUUUCAAGGAAUUUUUGAGAACUAUCCCGAGACCCUAGUGAGGGUGGUGCAGAUCAUCAUGGUGUGGCUGCAAAGGGUGACCUUCCUGGCUCUGCACAACUACCUAGGCCUGACGAUAGAGCUCUUCAACCCUGAAAGCCAGGUCAUCCCCCUUGCAUCUGUGGCCAGCGUGGCUGUCAGAUGGGCCAAGAGGCAGACGUCCUGUGGCUCAGAGGAGCAGCUUGAGAGGCCACCAUGGCCCCAGGAGUCCUGUGACUCAGAUUGCAGCAGUAACCGCCCUGCAGCCUCUGGGCCUCUGCUGAAGAGGAGCCAGUCUGUCCCUCUGCCUUCCAUCCACAAUGCGAUCUUGGACGAACUUGGGCAGUCCCAGACAGGUGACCCUGACUCUUUGGCCCUGCAAGAUAAAGAACCCCACCAGGGAGCUACUUCAGACCUGGGGAUGGCAUAUGACCGCGCCAGGGUCCUGCUGCACUCGGAUAAGCACCCUGGGAACUCUGUGGCUGGCAAGACCAAGAAAAGUGUGGUUGUUGCAGAGACCCCCUCUGCUAUCUUCCAUGACUCAGAGAGUCCCUGGGGUCACACUGGCUCCAGUGGGCAGACAGAUGCCAUCUUCGGAGCCGCCGAGGAAGACCUCCUGACCCUGAGGAAGCUGGAUGAUCCAUCCCUGUUGGAGGGACGAGUGACAUUUCUCCAAGUCCCUGUAGGCACUGUGGUGUCAAGACAGGGUGACCAGGAGAGUGAUGAUGUCAACAUCUUGUUCGUGGUCUCAGGGCUACUGCAUGUGUACCAGCGAAAGAGCGACAGCCAGGAGGACACCUGCCUGUUCCUCACGCACCCCAGGGAGAUGGUAGGGCAGCUGGUGGUGCUCACAGGCGAGCCCCUCAUGUUUACCUUCAGGGCCAACAGGGACUGUGGCUUCCUGUCCAUCUCCAAGGCCCUCUUCUACGAAUGCACCAUGCAUUGCCGUACGCUGCCCCACCCUUUCGGGCCACCCUGGGAGAGCGCAGGAAGAACAGCGAGGAGCCUGGACCCUGCUUUCUGUGCAGCCUGCUCUCUGCGUCUGCCUGUGCCCUGCACGCUCAUGAUCAUGCGGAAGCAGCCGGCCUUUGUCCUGGGUGUGGCGCACACUGUCAUGAAGAGGAUGUCCUUUGUGCGGCAGAUUGACUUUGCCCUGGACUGGAUGGAAGUGGAGGCUGGGCGUGCCAUAUACAGGCAGGGAGACAAGUCCGACUCCACGUACAUCGUCCUCAGUGGCAGGCUACGCUCUGUGAUCCGGAAGGAGGAUGGGAAGAAGCGCCUGGUGGGGGAGUAUGGCCUCAGAGACCUCAUUGGGGUGGUGGAGACACUGACCCAUCAGGCCAGGGUGACCAUGGUGCAUGCUGUGCGGAAUUCGGAGCUAACCAAGCUGCCAGCAGGAGCCCUGACGUCCAUCAAGCGCAGGUAUCCGCAGGUGGUGACUCGAUUGAUUCAUCUCUUGGGUGAGAAGAUCCUAGGCAGCCUCCAGCAGGGACCUGCGACAGGUCACCACCUUGGGCUCUGCGAGGCAGCAAGCAUGUGGGACACGGGGAACAUGGCCAGCAGCCUGUGCACAGUGGCAGCGUUGCCUGUGUCUGAGGACGUGCCGCUCACUGCCUUGGCCCCGGGGCUGUAGCAUGUGCUCAGAGCCAUAGGCCCCGUACUGCUGCUGACCAGUGACGACGUCAGACAGCGCCUUGGCUCUGCGGCUCUGGACAGCACCCCCAGGUACCGACUGGCCAGCUGGCUGGGGCAGCAGGAGGACAUCCACCGGAUCAUGCUCUGCCGGGCAGAUGGCACGCUUACCCCUGGGAACCAGCGCUGCACGCGGCAGGCCCACUGCGUCCCCAUCGUGGGCCUAGGUGAACAGGAGCCCACAGUGGGUGAGCUGGAGUGGAUGCUGCAGAGCACAGCUCUACGUGCCCAGAAGCAGCUGAUCCUGCUGCACAGGGCCGAGGGCCCAGCACCAGUCCGAACUGUGGAGUGGCACAACAUGUGGAGCUGGUGCUCAGGCCACCUGCACCUCUGCUGCCCGUGGCGCAUCUUCCCCUGGAGGAGCUUGCCCAAGCUGAUGGAGAUGUAUGAGCGGGUCUUCCAGCGGCCCCCAGACCUGCACUCAGACCUCUCCCGCCUGGCGUGUGUGCUGACAGGCAACGCUGUCGCUUUGGUCCUUGGAGGAGGGGGAGCAAGGGGCUGUGCCCAGGUGGCCAUUCUCUGAGCCCUGGCAGAGUGUGGCAUCCCUGUGGACAUGGUCGGAGGCACAUCCAUUGGGGCCUUCAUGGGUGCCCUGUAUGCCAAGGAGCGGAACUACAGCCAGACGAGGAUCCGAGCCAAGCAGUGGGCUGAGGACAUGACAUCGAUGGUGAAGGCCAUGCUGGACCUGACCUACCCAAUCACAUCUAUGUUCUCGGGAGCUGGCUUCAACAGCAGCAUCUGCAACAUCUUCAGAGACCAGCACAUUGAGGACCUGUGGCUCCCCUAUUUUGCCAUCACUACCGACAUCACAGCCUCUGCCAUGCGGGUCCACAUGGACGGCUCUCUGUGGAGGUACGUGCGUGCCAGCAUGUCCCUGUCAGGCUAUAUGCCCCCUCUCUGUGACCCCAAGGAUGGACACCUGUUAAUGGAUGGGGGCUACAUCAACAACCUCCCAGCGGAUGUGGCCAGAUCCCUGGGGGCAAAGGUGGUGAUCGCCAUUGAUGUGGGCAGCCGGGCCAAGAUGGACCUCACCACCUAGGGCGAUACACUGUCCUGGUGGUGGCUGCUGUGGAAAUGCUCGAAUCCCUUGCCUACGAAAGGGAAGGGAGGAGUGCAGGUGUUGAACAUGGCUGAGAUUCAGACCUGCCUGGCCUACGUGUGCUGCAUCCGGCAGCUGGAAGUGGUGAAGAACAGUGACUACUGUGAGUACUUGCGGCCCUCUAUCGACAACUACUGUACCCUGGACUUCGGCAAGUUCAACGAGAUCUGCGAAGUGGGUUACCAGCAUGGGCGGACUGUGUUCGACAUCUGUGUUCGGAGUGGCAUUGUGGAGAAGGUGCUGCAGGACCAGCAGGGGACGAGCAAGCAGAAGGCCAGCACGGUGAGGGGGUGCCCCAAUGCCUCCUCCACGGGCCUUGCUGAGAUGGUGUCACUCAUCGAGCCUGCCAAGGCAACUGUAGUGGAGGAUGAAUCUGACUACCAGACUGAGUGUGAGGAAGAGCUGCCAGAUGUCCCCAAGUACGCGUAUGCUGACUUCCAGAGUACCCAGGUUGAGCGUGGCUCAGACUCGCAUGGGCACCCCGGCCGGCCGUCCUCGGAACCAACCCAGAACUCCUUGUCCUCCGGGCUCCCUGACCGAGACACGCAGAAGCCUUUGCUCCGAGGUCUCCCAGAAUCUCUCAUCCCCGCAGCAGGCAGGGUGCUGAGCAGAGGCUCUGCCUGCUCCUGAGGGCCCCUUUCCUGGGGCUUCUGCCAUCUCUUCUAGGGCCCUUCGAGCUUCUGGGAGGCCUGGCUGGCUCUCUGCACUGGCACCGCAGGUCCCCCUGAAGCCUCUGUGAGGUGCAGGAGCCCCGGCUGGAUGUUAAUAAAGGCAAAUCUGAUUGUGAA